AUGGCUUCGGAAGCUACUCCAAGGAGAAGAAGGAAUCGAGUUCAACCUUCAACACCGGAGGUAAUCGACCUCGACUCUUUCCGCUCAUACAACAAGCGAACCAUCUCUGCUGCAACCAUCUCUUCCGUCAUCAACCUUUCUGACGAAGAAGACGACGACAUUAAGGUCCUCGAUUUCAUUCCUAAGAACACUUUUUUAAGGAAACGCAAAAGAAUUUUCGAAAAAGGAGAGUCUUCAAAUUCAAGUAACAUUCCGUUCGUCUGCGAAAUCUGCACGGACACUAAAACAAUGAAGGAAGCUUUCUACAUCAGCGGCUGCUCUCACGCGUAUUGCUCUGACUGCGUCGCAAAUUACAUCGGUUCCAAGCUUGAAGAUAACAUCGUCAACAUCUCAUGUCCAGUUCCCGAAUGCAAAGGUUCAUUGGAAGCGCAGAUUUGCCGGACUAUUCUUCCGGCUGAGGUUUUUGAAAAGUGGAGUAAAGGUUUGUGCGAGGCUUUGAUCAAUGCUUCGCAGAAAUUCUACUGUCCCUUUGCAAACUGCUCUGCUCUUUUGAUCAAUGACGAAACCGAGGCGGUUACAAAUUCAGAAUGCCCUAAUUGUAAUAGGAUGUUCUGUGCACAAUGUAAGGUUCCGUGGCAUGAUGGAAUCAAAUGCAGCGAGUUCCAGAAGCUGAAAGCGGGCGAGAGGGAGAAAGAAGAUAUUAUGUUGGUGCGCCUCGCACAGAAUAAGCACUGGAGGCGAUGCCCUAAUUGCAAAAUUUAUGUUGCCAGAACAAUGGGCUGCAACAUCAUGAGAUGCAGGUGUCAGUGUAGUUUUUGUUACAAGUGUGGAGGAACCUACACUCGCACUGCUCCUGGCAGGUGCACUUGUAAUGGAACUCCCCAACAACCUACACCGGUUUUUCACGGAACAACUGUCUCUAAUAGUUAUCUCAACUAUUCGGGUCAACAACAACAAACUCCUUAUGGUGUUUACACAGGAAAAUAUGGGACUGGUGGAACUUAUUCUUAUGGGGGCUCCUUCUAUCCGGGUCGACGACGAUAG